AAUGUCAAAGUUGUGAAGCAUCUCAAAUCUCCUAUAUGUUCUUCAUCAUCAACCUCCAUCAAAUCCCCCAAGCCCCUUCGUAAUCUCUCCUCCAUUUCCACGCCCACCACCAGCAGCCAUGGGAGUCGGACUAUCCAUCCUAAUCGGGUUCAAAUCCCUAACCCUUUUCCUAAUAUUCGCAUAUCUCCGAACCCUAGGCUUCACACUCCUCUCAAUCCCAUUCCUAUACGCAUCACUCGUCUCCCUUCUCGUAGCCCUUGCUUCACACCCCUCAAUCAAUCUCCCCAUGCUACUCGGCAAAAACACCGACGGAUCCUUCCCAAUUUGGUCGCUAAUCAUGUUCAGCCCCUAUCUAUAUUUUGUGCGGUUUUUUUCAGCUCUUCGAAGAUUAAAAAGUAGAGAAGAUCCGUACAGUGAGGUGGUUGAUGGGGUGUAUGUUGGUGGGUGGCCAUCGUCGCCGGAAAAGAUGCCGCCGGGGAAACCUGCGGUGGUGGAUUGCACGUGUGAAUUGCCUAGGGUUUUUAGGGUUUCUGGGAAUGGGUAUUUGUGUGUUCCUACUUGGGAUACUAGGUCUCCUGAUCCUGGGGGUAUUGAAUCUGCUGUUAGGUGGGCUUGUAGGAAGAAGGCUCAGAAUAUUCCGGUUUUCGUUCAUUGCGCUUAUGGUCAUGGAAGAAGUGUGGCGGUGACGUGUGCUUUAUUGGUAGCUUUGGGCGUGGUUGAUGACUGGAAAAACGCUGAGAAGUUAAUUAAAGAAAAACGACCGUAUAUUCGGAUGAAUUCUCUGCACCGCAAGGCCUUGGAAGAAUGGUCAAAGAACAGACUAUCUCCCCCUAAAACAGGAACCAAUACGCGCAAUUGAUUAGGUACACGAAGAGAAAGUUAUUGUUAAAACUUUUAUGAUCUAUAUUUAAGGUUUGUUAUGAGUAGUUCUGUCAAAUUCUUAGGGGAGAUUUUUUUCAUUGAUAUCAUACAAAACAUUUAAGAAGGUGAAUAUCAUAACUUUGUUACAUUAA